UGUAAACAUUGGCAUUUGUUGCUAAUGCUUAUGCUAAUCGAACAAAUUUUUAAGGAUAGUUCUACGAUAAGCAUUAUGUAAAUCGUAGAAGAAUGUAAACAAUUGAAACGCGCAGCCUUCGGCGUAACUUUCGUUUGACAGGACAACAGGUUUUUACAGCCUACUAGAGUGCGAUGCAUUCCGCGAUUUAGACGCGAUGGGUUCGAAAAUCGAGCGCGAUAAAACGUGAAAAAUAACAAUAAUUGUGAAAAUAUGAGUGAAAGAAAGUUCGCGAGGGGUUUGACGAAGCCCGGAACGGCCGCCCAGCUAAGGGAAACCGUUUCGCAGGUAGUGAGGGAAAACACAGUGCAAAACAAGCCGCAGCUGGUCGACCCGCUGGAUUUCGAGAACUUUUUGAUCAAGAACAAGACUGUUUUGCAGAAUGACCCGCAGAGGGAGCUGCUACUCUAUCCCUCAGACGACCUCAAGCAAGUGGUACUCCCUCGCCAUUACAGAACCCUAUCGCAGCCCAAUCCGACUCAAGACCAAACGGACCAAUGCAACUUAUUCACAAAACAAUGCGUCAACACGUACUCGUCGAACUGGCACUUGGUGCAUUACAAAUACAGCGCGUACUCCGGCUCGUACGCCGACCUACCGAAACUACCAAAUACUAGCUAUAAGGAGGAAAACUACGAGAUAGACAUCGAUGAGUCGGUGGACGAUGUGAAACCCAGGGUCGAGUUGGUGACGAAGGAGGGGUUCCUGAUGAAGGGCCCGGAAAUAGGGUCCGAAAGAUCCUUCGUGAACUUGGGGUCCAAAAGUUUCAAGAGGAGAUACUGCUCUUUAAGGCAGGAAGUGGACGGGACCUACAUUCUAGAGCUCUACAAAGACGAACGAAAGGGGGAAGCGAAAGUGACGAUCGUGAUGGAUUUUUGCACAGACGUAGUCAAAAAUUUGAAACGUGGCAGAUUCUGCUUUGAGCUAAGAAUGACGGGGGGUCACAAAUCGUAUUUGCUAGCAGCCGAAAACGACGGCGAUCUUAAGGACUGGUUGACCAAAUUGACAUCAGUGUUACAGCAGUAUAAAAUACAGGAGGAGAAAAGGGCUGCUUCUCUGGAGAGAGAUAAAAAUACGCCACCCCCUUCACCACAAAUUCAGCAACCUUUUGGAACCCUGAAAGGCCUGGAACAAAGCAUGAAUCCACAACUCAUGAAGUACGCCAGAGAAACUGAUGUUAGUAUAGCUCGUUCCAGGAAAGAUCAACGUGAAAAAUUGUUUCUUUUGUACCCACAAUUAGCCAUGAAUUUAAAACCCCAAAGUUCUAGUCAGGAGAUGUUGGAUCCGUACAAGGAAAUUUUCGGCCAUAGAGUUCUACUCAAAUGUGAGAAUGUUAAGUUUAAGCUACAGGCAGUGGAUGAUAGAGAAAACUUGUGUCAAGUGGAACCAUAUUUUACUACGUUGUGUCUGUUUGAUGCUAGGACUGGUAGAAAGUUAACCGAAAACUUCCAUUUCGAUGUUAAUAAUGCGAGUAUACGCAACACUUUGAGCUGUAUGAACGGUGAUAUAUCCGCUAAUUUGGAUCUCCCACAAAAACUGCCCACAGAUUGGAUUUUAUUCCGACGGCAAGCCAUUUUAAGCGUCACCAACCCUCAUUCGGAAAUAUUUCUUGUGGUGAGAAUUGAGAAGGUUCUACAAGGCGGCAUAUGUCAAAGUAGCGAACCCUACGUAAAGGCUAACCGAGACCCAAAAAUAAGCCUCAAAACGUACAGAAAUAUAGCGACGUGCUGCCAACGCCUGGGCAAAUACCGGAUGCCCUUCGCAUGGGCAGCAAGACCACUUUUUAGGCUAUACAGCAACGAGUUGGACACAAACUCGGACUUCCACGCGAUUUACAGACAAGAAACAAACAAAUUAACCGACGACGAACUCCUCAAAUUGCUGACCGAAUACCGGAAACCGGACAAGUUCAGCAAAUUCACCGUGAUUCCUGGAACCUUGCAAAUAAAUGUUUCUGCUGUCCACGAUCUUCCACAAAAUUCUCUUACUACCUCGCUACUGCCCUUAAAACCAUUCCCUUUACCUCCAACACACGAGCCUUCCAUAGAAAUAAUGGAAUUCGAGGGGAAUUCCGAAAAAGAAAUUCACCCUUACUCGACUUUCGUAAACCAUUUAUACGUAUAUCCGCAAAGUUUAAAUUUCGAUACGCAAAAAACGUUCACUCGGGCAAGAAACAUAGCUUGCGUCAUAGAAUUGAGAGAUUCCGAUAAUGAGGAAGCUAAAGGUUUACAGUGUAUCUAUGGUCGGCCAGACCAACAACCGCUUGUCGCGCAGACAUCCUGUGCAGUCCUCCAUCACAACACCAUACCGACAUGGUACGAAGAAGUCAAAAUCAAACUGCCAACAAACAUUUUAUCCACCCACCACUUGUUGUUCACUUUUUACCACAUCUCCUGCGAUAUAACGAAAAAACGCGAAAUCAGCAUCGAAAACUGCGUUGGUUACUCAUGGUUGCCGUUGCUGCACAAAGGCAAACUUAACGUUGAUGUGCAGUCGGUACCAGUGGCUGCGCAUUUGCCUCCGGGGUAUUUGAGCAUACACCCGUUCGGGUUGGGAAGAGGGAGCGCUGGACCUGAUAUCAACUGGGUGGAUGGUCAAAAGCCAAUAUUUGCAAUCGCAUUUAACCUGAUAUCCACUGUUAACACAAAGGACCAGCACCUACAUAACCUAUUUUGUCAUGCUGAGAGACUACUAGAUCCUAAACCAUCAGCGACCCCUUCGGAAGGGGAAACAACUAAAAUUCUUAAAGCUUUACACGCAAUACAUUUGACAACAUUAAUAAAUUACCUACCGACAUUAUUCAACCAACUUUUUACAUUACUUUUGGCGACCAAUAGUGAAGAAAUCGGUAUAAAUAUAGUCCGAGUUUUAAUCAAUUUGGUUAACAUGAUAUACGAAGCGAAUAGAAAGGAAGUUUUGAAAUCCUAUGUUAAGUACGUUUUUGUGCAACCGGAAUCCAGAAAAAAUGCCACAGUACACGAGGAGAUGUGCAAAUAUUUACCAACCAUUUUGAAUCCUAGCAAUACGGAUUUUUUGGUCGUCAACAAGUUUAUGCAUCAUUCCGAUUUCUUUUUCGAUGUCAUUUGUAAAGGAAUGGCGCAACAUUUACUAUCCAGUGGAAGAAUUAAGAUGCAUCGCCAUGAGAGAUUCAGCACGGAUUUCUUGAACAAAUUAGAAAGCCUGAUGGAGGUUCUAACCCCCUACAUUCUAACACAGUACAAAGAAAAACCCCUAGAAACAAAAGAACUGAACAAAAGCCUGGCAAACUUCUUGAAACAAUGCCUGUCCCUGAUAGACCGCGGUUUCGUCUUUAAAAUCAUCAACGACUACAUGGACAAGUUCAAUCCCGGCGACUCCAGAAUCCUGCAGGAGUACAAAUUCAAUUUCCUCGAGAUCAUUUCCAGUCACGAACACUACGUUUCGUUUAAUUUGCCGAUACAGUACACGAAAUUGAGCCCGAGAAACCGCUCCCCGGAUAGCACGGAAGAGUUGAUUCUCUCGAAGGAAUUUUGCAGACACCAUUUCCUGGUCGGUCUGCUCUUGCAGGAGGUGAAAACCGCGCUCAACGAGGUGCAGCACAUCAGAAAAAUCGCUUUGAAUGCUCUGAGAAAUCUGAUCGCCAAACACGAGCUGGACGACAGGUACCAAAACAAAGGGCAGAUGAACAGGAUCGCCUUACUUUACCUGCCUUGGUUGAACAUCGUUUUGGAGAACUUGAACCGGUUGGAUACGGCGGAAAGAAAUGAUGGCGCCAAUGAUGGUAUAGCAAACAGGAUUUCCUCGAGUAGUUCUUUUUUGUUUGCUAAGAGUUCAAAUACUAGUGAUUGUACUCCCAAAAGUUUUAAUAGGUUUACCUUACAUUUGGAUAAGGGGAGUCCAAUGCAUAUAAGGAAUUCGGCGUUUUUUGAUGCCAUAGCUGGACAAUCCCUUAUUAAUGGCAACUCUCGGAGCAUAGACUCGGACCUCUCCACUAUGUCAGGAGAUGCACAAUCCACUUUGUCCCAAGAUACAACGUUAAUAAAAGACGAACAAAAAAACGGCGAAGUGAAAUCUCACACGCGAACCACAUCGCAAGUGCAGCGGUACGACAAACUGCAACCGCAAGAAGUCAAAGACGUCCUCUUAAUAUUCCUAUUCGUCGUCAAAUACCUAAGCGAAGAGCAACUGAUCAUGUGGUGGGAACAAUACUCGGACUCCGACGUGGUGAAUUUUUUCGCAAUACUGGAAAUGAGCCUUUACUGCUUUAAAUACAACGGGAAACGUAACGUUACGGUAAUUAAGGGUGGUGAUGGAAAAAGCGGCGCCAAGAAGGCUCAUACGUUACCUGCGAGGAUGAAUCCCACGGAAAUUAAUCACGAAGGGACGGGAACUUUGGUGAUACACACCAAUAGAGAAAGCUUGGUCUCAGACAACGAAGUGGAGAAAAGGCAGCAAGCGAUCCUGGAGCAAAAUUUGGCCGCCGAAGUGGGCAUGAUAACGUUGGAUUGUAUGGGGUUGUACUGCAUGAAUUUCCGCAAAACCUUGAUGAAUUCCGACGGCGAAAACGAAGUGAUGAAAAAAAUAUUCGACAUUUAUUUGUCCUUCAUACAAAUCGGACAGAGCGAGAGCUUGUUCAAGCACGUUUUCGCCGCGUUAAGAGCUUUCAUAAAUAAUUUUUCCUUGGUUUUGUUUCAAGGAAACGCCGUGUUGUGUGGCAGGUUGUGUUACGAAUUAUUGAAAUGUUGCAACAGCAGAUUGGCGUCGAUACGGCAAGAAUCUUGCGCGAUACUGUAUUUACUGAUGCGCAGUAAUUUCGAGUUUACGGGUCGCAAAGGACUCACCAGAGUGCACCUGCAAGUAAUUAUAUCCGUGUCGCAAAUGUUGGGAAACAUUGUUGGGUUGAAUAACGCGCGCUUUCAAGAAAGUUUAUCUCUAAUAAACAGUUACGCGGGCAGCGAUAAGGCUAUGAAAGGAACAGGAUUUCCUGUAGAAGUGAAGGAUUUAACGAAGCGUAUUCGCACAGUUUUGAUGGCGACUUUGCAAAUGCGGGAGCAUCAUCACGAUCCGGAAAUGUUGGUCGAUUUGCAGCACAGUUUGGCCAAUUCUUAUGCUUCUACUCCCGAGUUGAGGCAUACAUGGCUUGAAACAAUGACAAGGAAUCACGUUCGAGAUGGGAAUUAUUCAGAGGCCGCUUGUUGCCAGCUUCACAUAGCCGCCUUGAUGGCGGAAUACCUAAAACUAAAAAACAUACAAACGUGGGGUGCGGAAGUUUUCGCGAAAAUAUCAUCGAACAUCUCAGUGGAUGAAAAAGGCUUAAAACUGGAUUCUGGCGUGCAGGAUAUACAGUACACGGAGUUCAUUAUGUUGGAGCAACUCGAAACGUGCGCCGAAUUUCUGGAUAAAGCCGAGCGAUAUGAAUGCAUGGGAGAAUUGUAUAGGUUGAUAAUACCGAUUUAUGAGAAGAAGAGGGAUUAUGAUUUGCUAAGGAAGUCGUAUAAUAAACUCGCGUUAAAUUACGAGAAGGUCGUGGAGAUGAACAAAAGUGGGAGGAGAUUGUUGGGGAGAUACUACAAGGUGGGUUUUUACGGGCAAGCGUACUUCGAGGACGAAAAUGGGGUUGAAUACGUAUAUAAAGAACCCAAGGUUACGUCUCUAAGCGAAAUAUCCGAGCGACUUUUAAAGCAAUAUUGCGACAAGUUCGGGCAAGAUGUAGUCAAAAUGAUACAAGAUUCCGCUCCGGUAGUACAGAAAAAUCUGGAUCCUAAAUUGGCCCACAUUCAAGUAACCCACGUUACACCGUACUUCGAGAAAAUCGACUUGGAGGAACGCCUAACGGAAUUCGAGCAAAACCACGAUAUCAACACGUUCAUGUUCGAAACGCCGUUCACGAAAGACGGAAAACCUCGCGGAAAUCCAGAAGAACAAUGGAAAAGACGAACAGUUCUAAGCACCGUUUACUCCUUUCCCUACGUCAAAAAACGAAUUCCGAUCAACGGCAAACGGCACCUCGAGUUGAGUCCGAUAGAGGUCGCCAUCGACGAGAUGCAAAUAAGGGUCGCGGAACUCGAAGAUGUGGUUUUUUGCACUCAACCAGACGCCAAAAAAUUACAAUUGAGACUGCAGGGGAGCGUUUGCGUGCAAGUUAACGCGGGGCCUUUGGCAUACGCGUCCGUAUUUUUGGAUCCCACUCUAUCCAAUAUGUAUCCUGAAGAUAAGGUUGAAGAACUGAAAGAUCUUUACAGGGAAUUUGUAAAAAUCUGCUACUCAGCGCUGCAAAUAAACGGUAGGUUGAUAACGACAGAUCAGUUGGAGUACCAGGAAGUUUUGAGGCAAAACUAUAAAAAGCUUUGCACAUCUCUAUCGGAAUUGUUCGGGGAAUCCCUGUGGCCACAUGACGACACUGGGAGCUUUAAAAGGAACAGCAUGGCACUUUUCAGUGCCAUAAGCGGCGCGUCGCAAAAUUCUAGCACAGCAUAAAAGUUAUGUUAAUUUUAUUUAUUGUUGUUUUGUUUAUUGUGUAAUUUAUUAAAUUGAAUUAAUAGGGUAUAUAUUUAUUGAUGCAUUGGUUAAUAAUUUAUUAUUAAUUAAUUAUUAUUAGGAAUACAUAUAUGAAAAUAAAUGUUU